AUGAAAGAUGUUGUAAAAAUCAUAAAUUUUAUUAGAUCAAGGGCAUUGAAUCAAAGAAAAUUUAAAAUCUUUUUAGAAGAAAUAGACGCUGAAAAAGGUGAUAUAGUCUAUUUUAUAAAUGCUCGUUGGCUCAGUAGAGAAAAAGUCUUGAAAAAAGUUUUUGAUUUAAAAACCGAAGUUUUUGAAUUUGCUGCAAGCAAAGGAAAAAGCAAAGGAGGUUUAAAAUCAAAUGUUGACAAAAAUCGUAAAUAUUACGGCCUUUAA